AUGGAAGAAACGAUUAUCAAAUCAGUGCAGGUAAGUUUAGAAGGUGAGUUUGGUUUGGAAGAAGAGUCAAUGGGAGGCGAGUUUGGCAUGGAAAAAGUCGUUUUUGAUGAAGGAAAGGAUGAAAAGAUCUACAACAUUGGAUAUUCAAGUCACAAAACAGUUUGGAGGAACUGGUUUUGUAGAAAGGGGAUGUUAGAGCAGAAAGCUCUGACUUUAGAGAAACGAUCGAGUCAAUUAAGGGUGAAACGAGGCCAGAAGGGCUUGAGGUAA